CAUUCAGCCGCUGGAGGGAGGAGACAGACGAGGACCGUAUAAAAGAGACACAGGCGACGGGACAGAAGUGUAGGAACAAAGAGCACGAGCUGUCCUGAGCAUCCAGAGACAACAGAGGAUCAUUGUGGACAUUGAUCUGAAAGGACACCAUCCUAACUGGGCUACAAUGGAGACACUGAUGAAAACUCAGACAACAGCAGAGGUGACAGAAAGAGAUCUGUCGGAGCAAAUCAAAAAGGUGACUAAGGACAGUCACGCCAGGGCAGAAAACACCGAACUGAUGCUGAGCUUCUUGAGGGGACAAGUCAGCCUCAGACAGUAUAAGCUCCUCCUGUGUUCACUGUAUGAAAUCUACCAGGCCUUGGAGGAAGAGCUGGACAGGAACUCUGACCACCCUGGUGUUGCACCCAUUUACUUCCCCACUGAACUGGCGAGGCUGGAUUCCAUCAAGAAAGACCUGGAGUUCUUCUACGGCCAAGACUGGAGAGAGAAGAUCGCUGUACCUGUGGCCACUAAAAGAUACUGUCACAGACUGCGACAGAUUGGCCAAGAAAACCCUGAAUUUUUAGUUGCUCACGCUUACACCCGCUACCUAGGCGACCUGUCUGGAGGGCAGAUCCUGGGUCGGAUCACACAGAAGUCCAUUGGGCUCAAGAGCAACGAGGGUCUGUCAUUUUUUGGCUUCCCCGGAGUCUCCAGUCCCAACCUCUUCAAGCAGCUCUACCGCAGCAGGAUGAACAGCGUGGAUCUGACGGAGGAGCAGAGGAACGGCGUGCUGGAAGAGGCCGUCAGAGCAUUCGAGUUCAACAUUCAGGUGUUUGAUGAUUUACAGAAGAUGGUGAGUGUCACUGAAACUCAGCUGCAGAACGGUUUAACGCACUCUGAACCAGUGAAGACACUCCAGCCUUCUGACACCAUUAUCAUCACCUCCUCCCCGGUGCUGAGGAUGGUGCUGGGACUGUUGGUGGCGCUGGCUACUCUCACGAUGGUAUUCUACACUUUGUAGCAACGACACACAACUAUCUGAAGAGCGUACUGUUCUGCUGCUAUGAAGAUUUUAAGAUAUAUAUGUGACAAAAAAACUUAAAUGUUUUUAAUUUAAAGAGAACCACAAUGUGUGUACUGUAUGCACGUAUCACACAGUACAAUUAUGCACGACAGGUCGAUUUGAAUGUAUAAAGAUUUUAUUUUUUUAAUAAACGACUUUGUUGAAAUGAAAUAAUAA